CGCUCUAGACUAGAAAGUCCAGUAGUUCAAGCGCCUUGGCGCUGGGGCGGAGUGAAUGCGAUCAUCCUCAGUGUAUGAAUAUAUUCAUUUCCCCAGGGUACCACUCCUGUACAGCUCCAGAGUUCGCAAGAUAGCAACUUCUCGCCGCGUUACUUAAAACAGACUGUGUCGGGUUGGUGAUCCAGCUGCAAAAGGUUAGCUAGCUAACUUACUUGGACGUUCACUCAGGACAGAGAACUGCCGACCACCAGGCGGAAGAAAGGCGUGAAACCAGAAGUUAACCCCCUGGGAGCUGUCGUAUGAGAACAAGGAACAGUCAUCCCUUCAUAAGUAGAAGAGCAGCAAUCAGUGAUCACAGACCCAUAAGUUUUAUGACAUGGUUCUGCGGAUUCGUUGACUGAACUUCUGAUCUGCAUUUGCUGUGGACCCACAACAAUCAUGGCUACUUCUAAAAAGGCCACAGGCUCAGCUAAGUCCGGUGGUGUGCGGUUCUCAGAGGAGCCAGCGGCCCAUUCCCAUGUUCACUUUGACGAGAAACUCCACGACUCCGUUGUCAUGGUGAUCCCAGAAUCAAACGGCAACUUCCUGGUUAAAGUGGGCUUCCUAAAGACACAGCACAGGUACGAGAUCGACUUCACCCUGCCAGAGCUUCCAUCGCUAGGCGCCGACAUCUGCUCCGCCCCCAUCCCAAACCCUCACAUCCGUGUCAUCAACAUCACCCACCAAUCAGAAGGUGGUGUGAAGGUGCGCUGUGAGUACAUGCCCCACCAGGAGGGGGUGCUGUGUGAAGAGCUGACCCUGGUGAGCGAAAGCAAGGAGGACGCUCAUGUGCGCAUCAAAGUGCAGGCCCGCGUUAUGGAUCGUCACCAUGGCACCCCGAUGCUGUUGGAAGGAGUGAGAUGUGUAGGGGCUGAACUAGAGUACGACUCUGAGCAGAGUGACUGGCAAGGGUUUGACUAAAACAUGCGCGCACGCACACACACACACACACACACACACACAUGCACGAAGACACUCAGAGACCUGUUCUCUCUCAAUCAAACACAGUGUUUAACUAACACCUGCACAGUUACACUUCCCCUCACGUACUAACAAACACACACACACACACACACACACACACACACACACACACACACACAGACACACUCACUCACAUACCCACACACACCAGUGCCAUACAUUCUGCCACAUCAGUACUGGGCAAACUCUUUCUCUGUGCUUCUCAUAAUGAGUUACUUGCUAUCCUGUGACUUUGUACUGUUCACACAGCCCUGCGCUGGGAGGACGGAGGGCAAUAAGAACACUGAUCUCUGAGUUCAGCUAAGGGUUGUUCCCCUGCUUCAAUCUUCAAUCUGUAAUGACUGGCUUUUUUAUUUGGUUUUAUUAAAAAUUCUCAAUAUGUAUUGAUUAUCCAAUGAAGAAAUAUUAUAUAUAUAUAUAAAAUCAACUGCCUCCCGCUCCCUCCGGUGCUUUGGAAAGACACACAAUCAACUGAUAAGUCCUUCAGCGUCUUGAUAUUUUUACCAACUGCCCACCAGGGGGCACCAGACACCACGUAUUCAAGUCAGGUGUCAUUGGCGCUUCACUUUAUUUCUUUGCCAGUAGGGGUCAGCAUAGCUCUUAAAAUGUUUUUUUUUUCUACUAGGGUAUGUGCUUGCUUCAGCUUCUUACUUUGUGACAUCCUAGACAAUUUCUUAUUGAAAGAUAGUGUUUCUUGACCAAUGUAUGGUCAAAUAAGGACUGUGAUAUUAUACUGGUAAUUUCCAUUAUGAAGUGAAAUCGUGUAGGUCAUCAGAACCGCUUUGCUCCCAAAUGAAUACACUGUAGCAUGAAAUCACCACCAUUUCUGGUCCCUGGCAGGGUUAAGCCUUGUCCAACUUGUCAGUUACACUGGAUAUCUUUGGAACCUAGGGUGGAUUUUGGACGAGGCCGAUGAUCUUCUGUGGUCAGUCGGCUUGAGUUGUACUCUGUGGGGCUCUUUCUCUCUGGUUUCUGGCCGCAGAGAGAACUCUGGCACCAUUUAAUUUCCAUUUUGAUUGGUCCGUUACCGCUGGAGAUAUCGGUUCAGUUAGAGCAGAAACUAUUGGUCCAUAACCGCCCAAGAUAUCCGUUCCGUCAGAGCUUCUCUGCAUGAGCAGAGCCUGUCCAGGGAACAGUGUUGUGUGUGUGUGUGUGUGUGUGUGUGUGUGUGUGUGUGUGUGUGUGUGUGUGUGUGUGUGUGUGUGUGUGUGUAAGCAGAGCCUGUCCAGUGAGCAAGAAAAAAAUAAACAAGUGUUCCAGCCCACCACGUGAUUUAAGGCCCGAGAGACCAAGGAGUGAUACUCGCCACGAGACAAUCGCAUCCUUUAAUAAUUGCAAUCACCAAAAGGGACUGGUGAUUAUCCCAGAAUGCAUUGCUGCUCUCCACAAAGGGAGUUCCUUGACUGGGCUACUGAGGAGCUGAAGAUUUAUUUGGGGGGGUUUUUUGGUCUUUUUUUUUUUUUUUAUCAUGACAUUUUUUUUAAUCAUCACAAGUGCCUUUGCCCAUCUUUAUUGUUUUACAGCCAUCAUUGCCGUCAUCUUUAUACCAGUUAGGCCAGAGGUUCAGUAUUCUCUGUUUUACAGCCAUCAUUGCAGUCAUCUUUAUACCAGUUAGGCCAGGGAUUCAGUAUUCUCUGCUAGCUGCCAAAUUCCAUGUUUUCCAUUGGCAAUGUACAGCCAAGGAAACCCAGGUUAAAACUAAACCUUAGCUAAAGUUGAAUCUGCUGACCCCACUGCCCUUAUUUACUGGUGUGAGAUCAGUUCCCUCUAAAGCCCAUCCCGUCAGUUUGCCAUCAGUAAUGACAGAGGAACUGAUCUCAGACUAAUGGAUGAUGUGCUCUGUUUCCCUGGAGCAUUUUCAGUCAUCUAAUGCCAAGCGGUACAUUUUCUAUUCUGUACUAUUCAGUACACCGAAAUCUUAUGGUCAUUGUCUCCCAAACUCUCAAUUUGUCUUGUAUUUCUCUUUGUCUCUUUUCUCUCUAUAUUUUUUUCUGUCUGUCUCUUUUUCUGUUGUUUUCUGUUUUUCUCUCAGUGCUUUGAGGACACCACCUCAAAGAGAGGUCAAUCUGCCACCAUAUAAUGUACUGUUACGAGCCUUACUUUUUAAACGGCAUAGCUGUAGACAUGUAUGUAAUUUUCUAUUGUCCCUAUUGUCUAUGUCUGUAUACUGAGGUGAUGUUGCCAUUUAGGGUCCUCUGAAGUUCUGUGUUCUGUUAAAUCAGCUGAGGAUGUCUGCUAACAAGAGGUGUAUGAUAUUUAUUUUACUCGAAAGGUCUAGUUGGACAUUAAACGAAUGUUUGUUUGAACUUUUAUGGCCGCUCUGUGUGAAUGCACGCCGUGUUUUUGUCCGUCUGUGGCGUGUUGCCAUGGUUUUUUGCCUGUGUGUUUCUCUCUCUCUGCUUUUCUGAGAAUGUUCUCCCUUUUAAUCAAAUAAAGUUGAUGGUUGCCUGUUCAAA